GGUAAAGUUUGCGGGAUAUCAAAUGUAAAAGUGUCUGGGUCCUCUGGAAGAAUGCAACGUGUGACGCUGCGUUUGGACUCCAAAAAAAUUUGUAUUACCAAAGGAAAUGCUACGCUGAGAAGGCAUUUGUCAUGCGGAACACGCAAAAAGAAUCUGUAUUGCUACCGUAUGCAUCUUCACAGACGUCAUGGCUCAUGCAAAACGUGCGUGACAAGUGUCAGAAUCUUCCAGACCC